AAACGACCCUAAAAUGAUAGAAGAUAUUAGUAGUUUUGUUGUUCCUUGAUUGCGUAUGAGGUGAACCAUUUCUCAUUGUUACUUCCUCCAUGUAUAAAGCACAAACCAACCCUCACUCCCACGCUUCAAAACUCAAAAUCCCCUACCGGAAGCAAUACCCAAGAAGGGUAGGUUCGUAUAGUCUUCUUCCAUAUAUAUGCGCACACACCGCCACAAAUCUUUAAUCCAUCUCUCUUUUAAGAAAGAAAUCAUGGUAACCGGCGAAGAUAGGUCGGAGAUAGUCUUUUUCGACGUGGAGACAACUAUACCCACGCGAACAGGACAGAAAUAUUCACUCUUGGAAUUUGGGGCAAUUCUUGUUUGCCCAAGAAAGCUUGUUGAGCAACUUAGUUACUCCACCCUUGUACGACCCUCCGACCUCUCUCUUAUUUCCACGCUUUCUGUUCGCUGCAAUGGAAUUACCAGAGACGCUGUCACUUCUGCCCCUUCAUUUGCUGACAUCGCCGACAAAGUCUUUGACAUCCUCCAUGGGAGGAUAUGGGCGGGCCACAAUAUACUAAAAUUCGAUUGUCCAAGGAUUCGGGAGGCAUUUGCUGGAAUUAACAGGCCUGCACCAGAACCUAAGGGAACAAUUGAUACACUUGCUUUGUUGACUGAAAGAUUUGGAAGGAGAGCUGGUAGUAUGAAGAUGGCCACUCUUGCUACUUAUUUUGGCCUUGGACAGCAAACACAUAGGAGUUUGGAUGAUGUCCGAAUGAAUUUCGAAGUACUAAAGUACUGUGCAACUGUCUUGUUUUUGGAAUCCAGCUUGCCUGACAUAUUAACUGAGAACAAUUGGGUGUCUCCUAAUGCUGCUAUAAGAAGUCGUACUACUGGAAAUACUAUUUUGAAGGGGAUGGGCUCGAGCAUAGAUACACCUUCAUCAAAUGUCAAGAUAGGAAGUCCUAUGAAAUCUGUUGCAGAAGCUUACAUAGAAUCAGACAAUCGGAUACUUCCACUUGUGAGCAGAAAUGUGGAGGAGGUACCAGAUCUUCUUGAAACAAAUUUCUUGAGGCCUGACCCUUUUAACUUGGUCCAAUUCAGUGCCGAAGUAAGGAAAUCCAUUCAGUUAGAUGAAAUGGAAGAAGAACCUGUUUCAUAUUCUCGAGAUUCUUCUGUGUCAAUUGCAACUGGGGGUUGCAUUGGCUUCACAGACUUCUUAGAACCAAAUAAAAUUUCAGUUUCUUCCAUCUCCUUAAGUCUUGCCCCCUUACAUCGUGGAACUCAGAAGAUACAAAUCUUGCACAACAAUGCUGAGUUGCAAGUUUGCUCUAGAUGCCUGAAGGUGCGGUUUGGAAUUAGUAAAAGGUUUGUUGAUUAUGCUGGUCGGCCACGGUUGAGUUUUGUGGUGGAUGCAUCAUCAGAGUUAUGCCAACUUUUGGAUGCAAUUGAUAAUCUUGCUAAGAAGUUAACCGAGGAUACAGGUAGUAUGUCAGAAUGGAGGCCUGUGGUAAACAGAAAGCCUGGCUUUAUGAACUGUCAUACCAUUCGUUUGAACUCUACAGCUCCACUCACCAGGGCAACAAGCGUUUUUACUGAUCAAUAUCCCUCUUUGUGCUUCGAAACAAAGUGAUGGUUAGACCGACUCUAUUGUACGGGGUGGAGUGUUGGCCAAUCAAGAAACUUCAUGUCCAGAAGAUGAAAGUCGCGGAAAUGCGAAUGCUGCGGUGGAUGUGUGGGCACACUAGGAUGGAUAGAAUCAGGAAUGAAGAUAUCCGAGACAAAGUGGGAGUGGCAUCGGUGGAGGACAAGAUGCGGGAAGCGAGACUGAGAUGGUUUGGGCAUGUUAAGAGGAGAGACACAGAUGCUCCAGUGCGGAGGUGCGAGAGGUUGGCUAUGGACGGUUUCAGGAGGGGCAAAGGGAGGCCGAAGAAGUAUUGGGAAGAGGUGAUUAGACAUGAUAUGACACAGUUGCAGCUCACCGAGGACAUGACCUUAGAUAGGAGGCUAUGGAGGACUCAGACUAAGAUAGUGGCCUAGGUGGCCUAUCUUUUCUCCAUAGUAGUCGUAGUCACGCUCAUUUGUUUAUUAACAUAUGAUUUUUGCAUGGGAUUACUGCUUAUAUUAGUUGACUCAGUUUACUUUGGGUAUCCUAUUUUAUCUAUAGUAGUUAAUGCUCCUUUAUCCCCGAUCUCUCCUACCCUGACUUUAUCGCUCUCAUUAUUCAUAGUUUUAUAUUGUUUGCUAUAUGUCUUGCUCUACUGACCUAUGCCUUGUUUUCCUUGUUUCCCUUGUUUCUCCUCCCUUGUUCUUCUCUCUUAAGCCGAGGGUCUUUCGGAAACAGCCGCCCUACCUUUUAAGGUGCGGGUUAGGUCUGCGUAUACCCUACCCUCUCCAGACCCCACAUGGUGGGACUAUACUGGGUUUGUUGUUGUUGUUGUUGUGCUUCGAAACUAAUAUUAUA